AUGUCAGUGAGCAACAUUCCCACUGCAGGCAAAGGUGUGGAUGCAAACGCGGUUGAUACCUAUGACAGUGGCGAUGAUUGGGAAAUCGGGGUUGGGAAUCUGAUCAUUGAUCUGGACGCUGAUUUGGAGAAGGACCGACAGAAAUUUGAGAUGAAUAACUCGGCCGGCACCGCGGGCGGCAGCAGCUCCCGGGAUUGCGGCGCUGCGGCCUCUGCUGCCGGGACCGGGGCCCCCGCCGCCUUAGCCGACGGCCUGAAAUUUGCUUCUGUGCAGCCCUCGGCUCCCCAGGGGAAUUCGCACAAAGAGACCAGCAAAUCAAAAGUGAAAAGGAGUAAAACUUCUAAGGAUGCCAAUAAAUCUCUGCCUUCGGCUGCCUUGUAUGGGAUUCCCGAGAUCAGCAGCGCUGGCAAGAGGCAGGAAGUCCAAGCGCGCCCUGGAGAGGCGGCUGGCAUGAAUUCAGCGCUGGGUCAGAGCGGCAGCGGCGGCGGCGGCGGUGGUGGCGGCGGCCCCAGCAGCCACGGCCCCGGCCCCGGUCCCGGCCCCGGCCCGGGCCCCGGCGUCCCCUCCGCUGCUGCCACCGCCGCGGCCACCGCGGGCUCGUGCGCCAAGGGCCGGGACGAGAAGCCAGCCAAGAGCCAGGGCAGCCGAGGCGCCAAGCGAGACAAGGAGACGGGCAAAUCCAGGAAGGACAAGCACGAUCUGUUGCAGGGUCACCCGAACGGCGGGGGCGGCCAGGCCCCAUCCGGGGGGCACCUCUAUGGCUUUGGGGCCAAGAGCAAUGCGGGUGGCGCGAGCCCCUUCCACUGCGGGGGCGCUGGGAGUGGUGGUGCCGGCGCUGCCGCCGCCGCCAGCGGGGAAGUUAACAAAAGUGCCACGGAUUCGGGACUCAUGGGAGGAAACUCUGUGUUGGUAAAGAAGGAGGAGGAGGACGACGAGAGCCACCGGAGGAUCAAGAAACUGAAAACCGAGAAGGUUGACUCCCUGUUCACAGUGCCAGCGCCACCACCGCCGAUUGCCAGCAACCUCACGCCUCAGCUUCUGCCUUCCUACUUCCCCCCAUCUUCAUCCAAUAUUGCAGCACCGGUUGAACAGCUUUUGGUUCGGACUCGGUCCGUGGGUGUGAAUACGUGUGAAGUCGGAGUAGUGACAGAGCCAGAGUGUCUGGGGCCCUGUGAACCUGGGACCAGUGUGAAUUUGGAAGGGAUCGUGUGGCAUGAAACAGAAGAAGGUGUCCUAGUGGUCAAUGUCACGUGGAGGAACAAGACUUACGUAGGGACCCUUCUGGACUGCACCAAGCACGACUGGGCUCCCCCCAGGUUCUGUGAGUCACCGACCAGUGACCUGGAGAUGAGAGGGGGCCGGGGCCGAGGGAAGAGAGCGAGGUCCGCAGCAGCGGCACCCGGCUCCGAGGCCGGCUUCACUGAGUCCCGGGGGCUGCCGAGCAAGAACCGAGGGGGUGCCAAUGGCAAAGGGAGGCGGGGUAGCCUCAACGCAAGCGGCCGAAGGACGCCCCCAAACUGUGCCGCCGAGGACAUCAAGGCCAGCCCUUCGGCUACCGCCAAGAGGAAGAACAAGCCCCCCAUGGAGCUGGACCUCAACUCGAGCUCGGAGGACAGCAAGCCCGGGAAGCGCGUGCGCACCAACUCCAGAAGCACGCCCACCACACCCCAGGGGAAGCCCGAGGCCACCUUCCUGGACCAAGGCUGCUCCUCUCCAGUGCUCAUCGACUGUCCCCACCCCAACUGCAACAAGAAGUACAAGCACAUCAAUGGCCUGCGCUACCACCAGGCCCACGCACACCUGGACCCGGAGAACAAGCUGGAGUUUGAGCCCGACAGUGAGGACAAGAUCUCGGACUGCGAGGAGGCCCUGGGCAACGUGGCCCUGGAGUGCAGCGAGCCCAGCGGCAGCAUGGCCACCUACGACCAGGCCAAGGCUCCCGCAUCCCCUGGGGCCAGCAACCCCCCUGGCACCCCCAAGGGGAAGAGAGAGCUCCUGAGCAACGGCCCGGCUGCAGCGAUGGGUUCCAAGACCGGGAAGAAUUCAGGCAAAAAGAAGGGCCUUAACACCGACCUCAGCAACCUGCCAGUGAUCUCCAACAUGACCGCCACGCUGGACGCGUGCUCGGCCGCGGCAGCCGAUGGCAGCUCGGCUGCAGAGAUGCCCAAACUGGAAGCAGAGGGAUUGAUUGACAAGAAGACUCUGGGGGAGAAAGAAAAGGGCAGGAAAGGCACCAACUGCAAAAUGGACAAGAACCUGUCCAAACUCAAGGGUGCCCGGCCCAUCGCCCCGGCACCUGCUCCCACCCCGCCACAACUCAUUGCCAUCCCCACCGCGGCCUUCACUGCCACCACCACAGGAACGAUGCCUGGCCUGCCCUCCCUCACCACCACCGUGGUCCAGGCCACACCAAAGAGCCCCCCGUUGAAACCCAUCCAGCCAAAGCCCACCAUCAUGGGGGAGCCGCUCACAGUGAACCCCGCCCUGGUGUCCCUGAAAGACAAGAAGAAGAAGGAAAAGCGGAAGCUCAAGGACAAAGACGGCAAGGAGACGGGGAGCCCGAAAACGGACGCCAAGCUGGGCAAGCUGGACGACCCCAAGGGCGCAGCGGGCAAGGAUGUGGCUGGGCACUUCCUGAAGGACCACCUCACCAAGGGGGAGGGCCUGGCCAACGGCCUGGCCGAGUCCCAGGAGAGCCGCAUGGCCAGCAUCAAGGCCGAGGCCGACAAGGUGUACACAUUCACCGACAAUGCCCCGAGCCCCUCCAUCGGCAGCGCCUCCAGGAUAGAGUGCAGCGCCCUGGUGAACGGCCAGGCACCCCUGCCCACCCUGCACGUGCUGGCCCAGAACGGGGCCGAGAGCUCCGUGGGGGCAGCCGCGGCCAAGACCAGCAGCCCCGCCUACUCGGAUAUCUCCGACGCCGCGGACGAUGGCGGCUCCGAUAGCCGGUCGGAGGGCGUGAGGUCCAAGGCCAGCUCCCCGUCCGAGAUCCUCUCGGGCAAGGACAGCGUGGUCAGAGCGCAUCCUGCCGCCGCCGCCCAGGCGUCGUCGCAGCUGAAGGAAUCGCACUCGCCCUAUUACCAUGGCUAUGACUCCUACUAUUCUCCCAGCUACAUGCACCCUGCUCAGGUGGGCACCCCCGCAGCCGGGAACGGUGCCGGCCCACAGGGGCUGAAGGUGAAAAAGGAGUGUGAGGAUGAGGCCGAGAAGAAGGACAAAGCGGAGCAGCUGGAGCAUAAAAAGGGGGAGCACAGCAGCACCCCCCUGCAGCCCCAGCACCAGUCCGUCAUCACACAGAGACACCCGGCGCUGGCCCAGUCCCUCUACUACGGCCAGUACGCCUACGGGCUCUACAUGGACCAGAAAUCUCUGAUGGCCAGCAGCCCUGCCUACAGACAGCAGUACGAGAAGUACUACGAGGACCAGAGGCUGGCCGAGCAGAAAAUGGCCCAGCCCGGGCGAGGAGACUGUGAAAGGAAACAUGAGCUCCCCUUGAAGGAGCUGGGCAAGGAGGACGGUAAACAGAAAAACGUGCCGUCGGCCACGGUCUCAAAAGCUCCCUCUACCCCAGAGCCUAACAAAAGCCAUUCUAAACUAGGGCCGUCAGUGGCUAAUAAAACUGAGGAGACAGGUAAAUCGCAGCUUCUCUCCAAAAACCAGCAGCAGCUUCAGGCCGACAGCUUCAAAGCUAAGCAGAUGGAAAACCACCAGCUUAUUAAGGAGGCUGUAGAAAUGAAAUCUGUCAUGGACUCUAUGAAGCAGACAGGUGUAGACCCAACCUCGAGAUUUAAACAAGACCCAGAUUCAAGGACAUGGCACCAUUACGUAUACCAGCCCAAGUACCUGGACCAGCAGAAGCCCGAAGAACUUGAUAGAGAGAAGCGACUGAAAGAGGACAGUCCAAGGAAGACGCCCAACAAGGAGGGCGCGGCACCCGGCCUCCCCGUGUCCUUGAGCAGCAUUAAGGAGGAGCCCAAGGAGGCCAGACGCCCCGAUUCCCAGCCGAUGGAGGACGGCAAGCUCAAGAAUGACGACCGGAAGACUCCUGUGAACUGGAAGGACUCCCGGGGCACCCGGGUGGCCGUGUCCUCCCCCAUGAGUCAGCAUCAGUCCUACAUCCAGUACCUGCACGCCUAUCCUUACCCGCAGAUGUACGACCCCAGCCACCCCGCCUACCGGGCCGUCUCUCCUGUCCUCAUGCAUAGUUACCCCGGAGCCUAUCUGUCACCAGGAUUUCAUUAUCCUGUUUACGGGAAGAUGUCGGGGAGGGACGAGGCAGAGAAAGUCAAUACCAGUCCCAGCCUCACCACGAAAACACCCACCGAAUCGAAAGCUCUGGAUUUGCUGCAGCAGCACGCCAGCCAGUACCGUAGCAACUCGCCAGCGCCAGUGGAGAAGGCAGCAGCCGAGCGAGAGCGAGAGGCCGAGAGAGAACGAGAGCGCCACUCGCCCUUCAGCCAGCGCCACCUGCACACGCAUCACCACACCCACGUUGGCAUGGGGUACCCGCUAAUCCCUGGGCAGUACGACCCCUUUCAAGGCUUGACCUCUGCUGCCCUGGUUGCCUCCCAGCAGGUGGCUGCCCAGGCAUCUGCUUCAGGAAUGUUUCCUGCUCAGAGAAGGUAA